GAGUGCAUGACGGGAAAUUUUUCCAAACCUCUCAAAGGCAGUUUCGUCGCCUCACGUCUUUCACAAAAAAAUCAUUGCUGGGCAAUCGAGAAAAAUAAAAUAUGUCCAUGUUAUCUAUUCGUGUUGCAGCCCGUGCGGCAAGGCGACUUCCAAACAAUUCUCAAGUAGUAGCUUUGAUUGCUCCAGCAACUAAUGUUGCAGCACGAAAUUUCCAUGCAUCUGCCAUUAAUAAUUCAGCUGAAAUUAGUUCAAUUUUGGAAGAAAGGAUCCUUGGAGCAACCACCAAAGGUAAUCUUGAUGAAACUGGUCGUGUCUUAAGUAUUGGUGAUGGUAUUGCCCGUGUGUAUGGUCUUAAGAAUGUACAAGCCGAGGAGAUGGUGGAAUUUUCUUCUGGCCUUAAGGUUUACCUUUAAAUUUUUA